GUAUCACAUGAAACAAUACUAUAAUUUAAUAAUCAAAACGAAACUUAAAUUGUAUUUAAACAGCAUGUGACAUCUUAAUAAGCUUUUUUUGUUGUGAAGUUUAAUUAAUGAAACCAUAAUGGUGGCAUUUUGCGACAAAAAAAGCUUGAACUGAAACGAGAGUAUACAAAGGAUAAGAAGUUCAUGUACCUUAAAAAAAGAACGAAUCUGUAAUAUUUAAACUGAAACGCCAUAAUGCACUUGUUUUUAUCAUCGUGGAUGUUAUUAACCCUACUUUCCAACGUUGUAUCACUUUUGGACACAAAGCCAUUUUGCAGAAUACUAGGUCUCAAAGAUGAUGAAUUUUUUGAAUUAACUGUUAAUGGACUAAACAAAUCCCUUCACAAUCCAAAGGAUCCAAUUUAUCUCCAAGCCCGUCUGUACGUAACAGGUGAAUUGAGGAAUUACACUUGUCGAAAUAUUCUAUACGCAGAUUCACUUUCUAUUUCGUGUCACACGUGGAGCAUGACAGAACUUAGCUAUGUUUAUCUAUCAGCUAUUACAACUGUCAGUAACCGUGUAGUAUAUGAAUAUACACAGAGAUAUGAACCAGAAGCUGAAAUAUUUCAAUGUUUUAAGGAUCACAGUAUAAAGAAUUAUAGAAUAACAGAGUUACGAAACGGCACAGCUCUUAUUAGCUUCGAAAUCAACUACUAUGACUUUAAUCUAUUUCUACCCUAUUUUUAUAUCACUGCUCAAAAAGAUGCGAAUUCAGAAAAAGUAGUUUCAUUAUGGAACGGGAUAUGUCGACGAAGCUGCAGUGUGUUUGUGUCAGGUUUAUCUCCCUGCACAAGGUACGUUAUAAAGGUCGUAACAAAAUUCGAUGCAGAGGGAGGUACAGAUAACGUGUCAUCGAAAAAAUUAAAAACAUCGUGUUUACCUAAACUAUUAAAUUCUAAAGGAGUACCUAUAACAUUGUUUUUUUUUAUUACCGCAGGGGUGUUGUCAUUUGUAAUUCUCUUCGUAAUUCUUUUCUGCUUCAUAAACAAAUCAAAAUAUUGUAAGCGCAUUCGAGAAAAAGAUGAGCCGAACGAACAAAUCUACCCAAGGAAUGAGUGUGAAGAUUGUGGGUUGCAAGCUGUUCAUGAAUAUGAAGAGAUCGAGGGUUUAGAAGGAAGUCAGUCAAAAAAUGAUCUAACAGUAGAUGAUGGAGAGGAUAUGAAACCUGCAACGUUUUCUGGAGAGAUAGGAGUAGAUGCAAGCCAAGUAUUAUAUGUACCAUCUUCUUUGCUUGUUGAACCAGAGCAGUUCAGACUAUUGAACACAUAGAAAUGCAAGAUCUUGAUCGUUUUGUGAAAAAAAUUGUACAUUAUAAAAAUUUAUACUAUAUUUUUUAUCUUUUUUUAUUUUUUCAAAAGAUGUUUUUAGUAAGAAAAAUACCUCCUCUAUGUGUUCUACCAUAGUUUUUGUCUACUUUAAAUUAGUACGGCAAAUCUAGAAGUGGCUAACCUCAAAACAGAAUCAUCUACACAAGAAAACUUCAAUCUUGACCAUCUACGCAACAGAAUACAAUUGUAGUAAAAAUUAUUCGCACGCUCUCUAUAACAUGCUUUCUGUGUGACCAUGUUAGAUAUUUAAGUAUACCAGCUAUAAGGAACGCGAAGAAUUAUGUGCUUAAAAUGCUGCUGAAAGUCAAAAACACUUGUCAUACAUACCGACAACCCAUGGCCGUUAAAACUGAAACAAGAAGCCCGAUGGCUUGAAGACUUCCGCCAUCAGGAUAGAUAUCCCGAAUUUAAAUUGAUCAAAAGCAUAAGGCCAGUCUGUGAGUUUCCAGAUAUUUAACACGUGAUGGAAAAAAACCCAGAAGUAACCAAAAAGUGCGGUCGACAGCAGAAGAUUCGUUCGCGACCAUGCGUAACUUUUCAACCUUCGCGUUCUCUGAUUUCCCGGAAAUAUUCACGCUGGGUCUCCUGGCUACUUUUGGUUGUGUUUAUACGAAUUAACAUAUUUCAUUGUUAUUUUGAAAUCACGUGACUUUUUCUGUGACAUAAAACAAAAUCCAGUGUGGAGAAACACGUAAACGCCAUGCAGAAAAGCACCGGAAACUGCGUUUUCAAUGUGAAUUUUUCACGUGCUAAACCCUUUUUAGCCCUUCUAAGACAACGUAUAUAAAGACUUUGUAAAAUUGAACUGCAUAUUUUCUAAUCCAAAUAUAAACGAAAUAUAACAAAUCCGAAUGCUACACUCUGUAGCAAUUAUCACUAAUUUAGGGCAAUCCUGUAAAUUACAGAAUAACUGGAUAAUUGCCCCUGUCCAAAUAUGAGCCCCAUCUCCAACUUCUCUCUAAUGGCCAAAAUUUUAAAUAAGCUCCCCUGUCCGGGUGCUUAUUUGUCAUUUACGGU